GCUGCCAGUCUUCCCGAGGCUCGGGGUCCGGAGCGCUGAGCUCCUUGUUCCCUCGGCUGCGGUGGGAUCAGGCAGCUGCGCAGCCUCCGCUGCUCCCGGCCGUGCGGGCCUCGCGGAGCAUGUCGGAGGAGAGCGACAUGGAGAAAGCCAUCAAGGAAACCUCCAUUUUAGAAGAAUACAAUAUCAAUUGGACCCAGAAGCUGGGCGCUGGAAUUAGUGGUCCAGUUAGAGUCUGUGUGAAGAAAUCUACCCAAGAACGGUUUGCACUAAAAAUUCUUUUUGAUCGUCCAAAAGCUAGAAAUGAGGUACGUCUGCACAUGAUGUGUGCAACACACCCCAAUAUAGUGCAAAUUAUUGAAGUGUUUGCUAAUAGUGUACAGUUUCCUCAUGAAUCCAGCCCCAGGGCUCGACUCUUAAUUGUAAUGGAGAUGAUGGAAGGGGGAGAGCUAUUUCACAGAAUCAGCCAGCACCGGCACUUUACAGAGAAGCAAGCCAGCCAAGUAACAAAGCAGAUAGCUUUGGCUCUACAACACUGUCACUUGUUAAACAUCGCGCACAGAGACCUCAAGCCUGAAAAUCUGCUUUUCAAGGAUAACUCUUUGGAUGCCCCAGUGAAGUUAUGUGACUUUGGAUUUGCCAAAAUUGACCAAGGUGACUUGAUGACACCGCAGUUCACCCCAUAUUAUGUAGCACCUCAGGUACUAGAGGCACAGAGAAGGCAUCAGAAGGAGAAAUCUGGCAUCAUACCUACCUCGCCAACACCCUACACUUAUAACAAGAGCUGUGAUUUGUGGUCCCUAGGGGUGAUUAUCUACGUGAUGCUGUGUGGAUACCCUCCUUUUUACUCCAAACACCAUAGCCGGACCAUCCCAAAGGACAUGCGGAAAAAAAUCAUGACAGGCAGUUUUGAGUUCCCAGAAGAAGAAUGGAGCCAGAUCUCUGAGAUGGCCAAAGAUGUAGUGAGAAAGCUCUUGAAGGUCAAACCAGAGGAAAGACUUACCAUCGAGGGAGUGUUGGACCACCCCUGGCUCAACUCUACUGAGGCUCUGGAUAAUGUGCUACCCUCUGCUCAACUGAUGAUGGAUAAGGCAGUGGUUGCAGGAAUCCAGCAGGCCCAUGCGGAACAGUUGGCCAACAUGCGAAUUCAGGAUUUGAAAGUCAGCCUCAAACCCCUGCAUUCUGUGAACAACCCCAUUCUGCGGAAGAGGAAAUUACUCGGCACCAAGCCAAAGGAUGGUAUUUAUAUCCAUGACCGUGAGAAUGGAGCUGAGGAUUCAAAUGUUGCCUUGGAAAAGCUUCGAGAUGUGAUUGCUCAGUGUAUUCUCCCCCAGGCUGGAGAGAAUGAAGAUGAAAAGCUGAAUGAAGUAGUGCAGGAAGCUUGGAAGUAUAACCGGGAAUGCAAACUCCUAAGAGAUACUCUGCAAAGCUUCAGCUGGAAUGGUCGUGGAUUCACAGAUAAAGUAGAUCGACUAAAACUGGCAGAAAUUGUGAAGCAAGUGAUAGAAGAGCAGACCACAUCCCAUGAAUCCCAAUAACUACAGCUUCAGACUUUGUUUUUUAACAGUUUGAAAAAUUAUUCAUUAAUGUAUAAAGAAAUUUUUAUGUAAAUUAAUAAAUCAUAAUUUCAUUUCCACAUUGCUUAAAGAUGCUGUAUAAAAUUAGAUACAGGAUAUACUAAUAGUUCACUUGUUUGUUUUUAAGAAAAGCUCAGUUCUUAGAGAUAUAUUAUUACUUUAUUAUUUAGUGGUAUGUUGUAAAGCUGACAGAUGGUAUUGUCGAGCAAGAUUAUUUUAUUUGUAAUAAAGUAUACAAAAACCA